AUGCACGAGCGAUCGCGCGACCAGGUCGCAAAGCUCGCCGAUCAGGAUGACGGCCUAGAUUACGCUCUGGAGAUGUGUCGCUGGCUGUUGAAACCGCUCGGAAUCUGGUCGCUGAUAUACAGCCACGCGAACAGGAAGGAGAAAGCGCUCUCGAUCCUGUUGCUGAUCGCCGGCUUCUCCAGCAUGGUGUACAUCAUGGUGCCCCUCGUCUGCCGCCUGGUCCUCGACGACAUAACCGGAAAGAUCAAGAUGCAGCUGCUGGGCACGGCGACCAACUGCUCGCUGUCCGUGAUCAAGUACCUCUGCCUGGUCCUCAGGAGAAAGACUUUCGCGCGUUGCAUGCGGCACAUGGAGAACGACUGGAGGAUCGUGAAGGACCGGCAUCACAGGGCCAUCAUGCUGAAGCAGGCGACUUUCAGCCGGAGCCUCGUCAUGCUGUGCAUCGUUUUCAUUUAUUCCAGCUGCAUAUCGUUCCACGUGAUGAUGCCGUGGUCCAGGCGACGGGUGGUAGGGAACGUCACCCUGAAACCGCUCGUGUACCCGAGUUACGACCGAUUCUUCGACGUGCAGGCCAGUCCGGUCUACGAGCUCAUCUAUCUCGCUCAGUGUUUCGCGGGGUUCGUCAGGCACACCGUGACCACGGCGACUUUUAGCUUGGUCGUGGUCUUCGUGACGCACGUCUGCGGACAGAUGCAGAUACAGAUAUCGCGGCUGGAGGAAUUUAAUUGCGGAAUCGGGAAGGACACCGGUUACGACCCUCUGGGUGAUAUUAUUCGGGGUCACGCGGAGAUAUUAAGGUCGAGUGAUCGUUACCUCGAUUCGGAGCGUUGA